AUGUCUCUUCCUCAAAAAACGUUUUCUCGAAGUCCCAAUACUGUAUUAGGGGAAGACGCUCUGCCUAAUCCUAUGGCGCCAGCUCCUCCAAAACCGAAACGCGGAAGAGGUGGUAGGGCACCUAGCACAAAAAAGGGCAAAAAACAAGAACAAAGUGAAAGCGAAUCUACUUCUGUAACUCAGGCUACGCUUCCGCUAGUCUCGCCUAUGUCUGGUUAUCCUCCUCCUCCUCCUCCUAUAGCUCGAAGAGUUCCCUUACCAUCUGCUGCUCCGAUAGAAGACGUAGUCAAAAGAGCUGGAUUGAACACGAAUGAAAAGGAAAGCGAGAGACUGGAAGUCUCUUGCUUUCCUGGAGUUGAAGCCAACGGUGUUGCUGGAAUCGAAGCUACUUGCAAUAAUCCAGGACUACACCUUCCUCAAGAUAUCAGUGGGGAAGAAAAUGUCCUUGAUUACGGAGGGAAUCAUGAACAGGGCUCAGGAGGGGAACAGGCUGAGUAUGCGCAUAAGCAUGCCGGAAAUCUUAAUAACGAAGGGGAGUACAACAGCUUUUAUGGGGGAGGCUACAGGGGAACAGGAGGUUAUGGCGGAGGUGGUUAUGGAGGUGGUUAUGGAGGUGGUUAUGGAGGUAGAGGUGGUGGUUAUGGGGGAGGUGGUGGUUAUGGCAGUGGUGGUUACGACGGCAGUAGUUAUGGCAGAGAUGGUGGUUAUGGCGGUGGUGGUGGUGGUGGUGGCGGUGGUUAUGGCGGUGGUUAUGGUGGUGGUUAUGGCGGUGGUUAUGGUGGUGGUUAUGGUGGUGGUGGUUAUGGCGGCGGUUAUGGCAGUGGUUAUGGCGGUGGUUACGGCGGUGGGUACAGCAAUAGUCAUGGAGGGAAUGGGGGAAGUCAUGGAGGCAGCGCAGAAGGGGGAGGUCAUAUGGGAGGCUACGCAAGAGAAGGUUUUCAAGGUGUUCAGGAAGAGGGUAAAGGUAUGAAGGAGCCUUUGUGGGAAACCAAAGGGGUACGGAUAGCAAUAACGCUGGAGGAAGAGGAAGCUAUAUUCCAAGCUCCUCAGAAGAACCUACUCAACUUUCUUCUCAUGUUGAUAAAGGGGAUGUUGUUCCGAAGCCAUGGGGGAGUAACGACAAAGCUUAUAGGGAAACUACCGGAGGAAUAG